CCCCCCCACUCCUUUCGCUUUCAACCCCUCCACCCUCCUGCCUGCCUGCCUGCUGCCAACUUUUGAUUGGACUCUGCAAGCUCUCAAGAGCAGUUUGGAGAGGUUUUGGCCAGGAGUUGAAACUUUGCAGAAAGAAGGAAGCUGCUCUUCUCCCAUCAUGUCUCAGCUGGUGCGUGGCCUCUUGCUUUGAACCUUUCCACCAUGCAAGCCCAGCCGAAGCAGCCUUGUAAAGGAGAGGAGGAGGAGGACGAGGAAGAGGAAGAAGAAGAGGGAGAAGGAGGAGGAGGAGAAGGAGGAGGAGGACGCAACCACAGUGCAUCAGAGGGUCCUUUUGGAAAAAGCCCCUUCCAUCUCACGGCUGAAGAUGUAUAUGACAUCUCUUACAUCCUGGGAAGGGAGCUGCACACCCUCAGCACCGAACCCCAGGCGGAGAUCCCCGCCCGGGUGGCUCGCCUGCAGUUCAAGGUAGUCAGCAUUUUGGAAAUGUUGGAAGCCCUGGUGAGCGAGAACCACCUGGCCGUGGAAGCCCUCAAACUGGAAAGAGACAGCUUGAAAAGGGAAUUGGAGGAUCUCCGGCAGAGGGUGACAUCUGGCACCGCAGGAGAGGUAAAUCCGGGUCCCAACAAGAUGAUCGUGGACCUCACCGAUGUCAACCGGCCCCGUUUUACGCUACAGGAGCUCAAAGACGUUCUUCAGGAACGCAACCACCUAAAAGCCCAGCUUCUCUUCACGCAGGAAGAGUUGGAAUGCUACAAGAGUGGUUAUAUUUCUCCGAAGCAGGAAAAGGAGAGUCCCACGCAAAGAGAAUCGACCGUGGGCACACCCUCCGGCCCCGCUCGACUUAAAGAGAAAAGUACAAUCAAGCAAUGGUUUGCCUUUAAAAAGUUACGGUGAACUGUUUCCGCGCUGGGAUGUCACAACCUGGAAAAGUCGAAUUUUAAAAAAGCAGCGGUUGCAAUCCUGGAAGACUGUUUUAGUGAUUCGUUGCAGCUGGUAGAGGCUUCGACCUCUAGUUUUAUCCCAGUGGGUUUAGGAUCGUCUUCCGUUUUCUCGUUAAAGCUUUUCUAACCUGCUGACUUCCAAAUCUAUGGGACUUUUACGGCGGGUUAUUUUGAUCAUGCAACUUUGCCACCGUAAAAGUUUUACUGGAAUUUUUUUUUAUUUCUGCAGCCAGCAGAAUAAAGUUACGCGCGUCGGUUUCUAGAA